UGUGUGCUGUGUGUAAGCGGGAGUGAGAGAGCCACAGAGAGAAGAACGGAGAAACGAAAUUACACAGUCUGGAAGAGAAACGUAAAUCAAACCAGCAAACGAUACUGUACAUUUAAAUUGUCCGACUAGUCACAAUGUUUUGCCUACAGGGCAUCUUUCUUUGCUACUCUCGCGGUUAACUUUGGACUGUCCGUGGGAAGCCCGUGGACGUGCGCUUCGCGGUUCGGUGACAGGUUGUAAAGAAGGAAUUCCAUCACUAUUUUUAAAACCACGGACGAAUUUGGGGGCGUGGAUGGUUCAAGCACCGGCUGUUCUGCUGGUGGAAUAUUUAAUGCGUUGGCUGUGGAAGUGUCGUUAUCUGCACCGUCUUACCGGCUUGGAGUGGCCAGAUCGCACAGCCAAAUCGGUUGGGCACUAUAUGGCUUUUUAACAGCUGCGCUCGUUAAUGUAGGAUUACUUUCAGAUUCACAUUGAUUGUUCACUCUGGAUUCCACUCGUUCUGUUCUGAUUGCCAUUUCUCCAGAGGGCCAAAGGCGGAGUUGAAAGCAGUACAGGAGUAAGGAAAACUGUCUCCAAAAGCGCAACGUUAAAUCGGGUAUUACGCGGUUAUUAUAACCCACAAAAGACUGCUCUUCAGUUUGAGCGGUGGCUGGAAUAGGUAUUAUUUUUGUCGAAUUAAUUUCCACUUUGUUUAAUAUGUUUAUUUAAACUGAAGAACCCUGCAUAGUCAAAAUGGGCGAGUAACAUCGAUGUCCAAACGAUGUCGGUCAGUUGAGCUGUCUAAAUUGAAGUCCUCUCCUUGAUCUGCAAAUAUAGGCAGGUGUCAAACUCACGUGGAUGUAGUGUUGGACUGUAAUAGGCUACUUUACCUUUUUACCACGUAUUUUUGAACUUGUGACUUACAGGACAAAAGUAAGAUCAUGAAAUUUAAGACCUUUUGAAAUACAUGCCGUCUUGGUUAUGGAUAAUCGGCAUUACGUUUGUUCACGAUUCCAGAGGUUUAAACCCUUUUGCUGACUGCCUACGUAUCGUCAUUACAAUGCGAUUUAAAAUUCAUAUGUAGAAGCAACUGCCUCUGAAGUGAUCUUAUAGGCUACCUGCUUUUUUGAGUAUCUUUAUCAAUUGUUACACUCAAAAUGACAAGCAGUGGACCUGUUAUUGUCUAUGAGUGGCUAAAGACUCUUCAGCUCUCCCAAUAUGUCGAGCCAUUUGUUGACAACGGCUACGAUGAUCUGGAAGUUUGCAAACAAAUCGGGGACCCAGACCUGGAUGCCAUCGGCGUGUACAUACCCCACCACCGGCAAAGAAUUCAUGACGCUGUGCAAAGACUGAAAGAAGAGGAUAAGGAGACAGCCUGCGGGCUGUACUUCACCCUGGAGCCGAUGUCCUCUGCAUCCGAGGUUUACACCACCCACAUGGUGGACCAGUACGAGUCCAAGCUCCGUGGGUCAAAGUCCUGGACCGAACCGAACAGUGACCGGGUCGGCCGCAACGGGGGUUAUCUGGGUGCACAGCGGAACCUGACGCUCGGUACUUCUAAUCGGAGAGAGCUGGUGAUUUAUCCCAAACUGAAGCUGAAGAUUAUGAUCAGAGAUAAACUCAUCAGAGAUGGCAUCAACCUGGCCAGGCCUCCAUUCUCAAACAAGGACGGUUCUCUGGGGAACAUAGAUGACCUUGCUCAGGAGUACUCAGAGUACUACAACACCUGCUUCAACGACGUUAGCGACCGCAUGGAGGAGCUACGCAAACGCCGCGUCUCCCAGGACCUGGACAUGGACAAAGCAGACUCCAGCUCCACCUCCCUACAGCUCCGCUCAGAGAUCCAGGAGUCUCUGGGCUUCAGCAGUGAGAUGUCCACUCCAGAGACAGAGAGAAAGAUGUCUCUGCACAAGUCCAGCUCAGAGGACGGUUCUGGAGGUAAAUGGGAUAACAAGAAGAAGAACAAAUCCUUCUGGCAGAACUUCCGGAAGUCUCAGAAGGGAGUCGUGAGGCAGAUGUCAAAAGGAGAGGACAUUGGCUACGUGGCCAGUGAGAUCACCAUGAGUGAUGAAGAGCGUAUCCAGCUGAUGAUGAUGGUGAAGGAGAAGAUGAUCACGGUGGAGGAGGCCCUGGCCAGGCUGAAGGAGUAUGAGAGCCAGAGCAGACAGUCCAGCAGUGCUGAUACUGCAGAGUGGACUGAUGGAUCCAGUCUCAAUCUAAACCAGUCCUCAAACUGCAACUCUCGUGAGCAGUCAGACGACGAGCAGUCGGAGGACUCGGUGAAGUUCAAGCGCCUCCACAAGCUGGUCAACUCCACACGCCGCGUCCGCAAGAAGCUCAUCAAGGUGGACGAGGGAAAGAGGCACGGCUCUGAAGAUUCCCUGAGUCUGGAGGCGUCGCCCACCUGUGAGGACAACACAGCCCUGUACACCGGGGUCCUGAAGAAGCCCUUGGCGCCCCAGGACGCCUCGCUGUCCUCCCUGGCCCAGGACCAGCUCUCCCUUGACGGGGACACCGACAGCCUGACCACCUCCCCCUCCUCCAGCAGCCUGGACACCUGGUCCGGGCACAAGCUGGUGAAGACUUUCAGCAAGUCCUCCAGCACCCACGGCCUGAUCCGACCCCCCCGGAGGGCCCCCGUGGGCUGUGGGGGUCUGGGGGGCGGCGGGGCCGCCGGGGCGGGGGGCAGCGGGUCCUCCUUCUCUGAGCUGGAGGGGUGCGCGCCAGAGGACGAGGGGAAGGUGUCCCGCUCCAUGACGGAGGGAGAGAUGCGCAAGGCCCUCAGCUCCCUCUCCCAUGGGAGGACGUGCAGUUUCGGAGGGUUCGACCUGUCGAACCGCUCGCUCCAUGUUGUCAGCACCGGGUCAGAGGCUAAUAGUAAAGACCAGGAGGCAAUCUAUCGUGAGGUGGUCAAGUCUCCCAACCCCUCUCGUAUUUCUCUGGGGAAGAAAGUCAAAUCUGAGGAGACCAUGAGGAAACGCAUGUCCAAGAAGUACAGCAGCCCCCUGUCUGAACAGUCCAGCCCUGACGGGGCCCCCGGCUCCCCCCAUUCCCCCCAGCCGGACACAGACUCCCUGGAGAAGCCCAAGCUGAAGGCAGGAGGUUCUGUGGAGAGUCUCCGUAGCUCCCUUAGUGGACAGAGCUCCAUGAGUGGUCAAACGGUGAGCACCACAGACUCGUCGGCCAGUAACAGAGAGAGUGUCAAGUCUGAGGACGGGGACGACGAGGAGCCUCCGUACAGAGGGCCCUUCUGUGGCCGAGCCAGGGUCCACACCGACUUCACCCCCAGCCCCUACGACUCAGACUCCCUCAAACUGAAGAGAGGGGAUGUGAUCGACAUCAUCAGUAAGCCUCCCAUGGGUACCUGGAUGGGCCUGCUGAACAACAAGGUGGGCACCUUCAAGUUCAUCUACGUGGACGUGCUGAGCGAGGAAGAGGAGAAGCCCAAGAGAGCGGUGAGGAGGAGGAGGAAGGGCCGCCCUCCCAAACCCAGCUCUGUCGAGGAGCUGCUGGAACGCAUAAACCUCAAGGAGCACAUGCCCACCUUCCUGUUCAACGGCUACGAGGACCUGGACACCUUCAAGCUGCUGGAGGAGGAGGACCUGGACGAGCUGAACAUCCGGGACCCCCAGCACCGCGCCGUGCUGAUGACCGCCGUGGAGCUGCUGCAGGAGUAUGACAGCAGCAGUGAUCCGGAGCGAAGCGGACUGUCAGGUUCCCAGGAGAAACUGCUGUCUGAGGGACACAGCCUAGUCGGCGACUCCCCCCGAGAUUCAGGAUGCUACGAGAGCAAUGAGAACCUGGAAAAUGGCAAGAGCAGGAAGACGUCUCGCUCUAGCCGGUCGUCAGGAGGACUACAGUCCCCAGACUACCCCACCCUGCCCAUGACCCAGUCCACAGAGGCCCUGCAGCAGAACAAGAGGGAGCGCAAGUUCCCCAAGGGCUUCUUCCACAAGCCCAACCUGCGAGGCUUCAACCUGCUGGGGCUGAGGAAGAGCCACCGCCGGACCCCCAUCCCGGCCAGCCGCAGCUGUGAGGAGCUGGAUGGACCCCCACAGACUUCCGGACCGCAGGCCUGGAAACGCUCUCACUCCCUGGGGGACCUCCACUGGGAACAGGGCUUUGACCAGAAGAAGGACCACAGUCCGGAGCUUAAACCUGACAAGGGGGUGGUGAAGUCGGUAAGCGUCAGCCCAGCGAAGCCCCCUCUGGGUCCUCCGGCCCAAAGUGGAGGUCCUGCGGUUAGCCCAAAAAGGUUUGCCGAUCGCCCGACUGUGCCCUCCCAACUGCCCCUCUGGCCCCCCUCCCCCGCUAGCCCUGCCCCCCAGGCUCUAGAGCCCCUCUCCAGCCCCAGCCCUUCUGAGGCCUCCCCAGGCGGGGAGAGGAGCCACCGGACCCACGCUAAGAAGCCCCCUGUGCCCCCACCCGUACCCAUGAAGAAAUCCAAGGAGCGCCUCGCCAACGGCCUCCGCCACCCAUCCCUCUCCACGCCCGCCUCCCCCUCUCCUACCCACUCCCUCUCCAGCUCCCACCCCCCUAGCCCAGUCAUGGGCAGCCCCAGUGGCCCCUCCCUGCCAACAAAGCACCCUUCCAGCAGCACUCCUCCCAGCCCCUCCGCCAGUUCCACAGCUUCAACAGAAGACCAAGACUCUGCCCCUGCCGUGCCCCCUCCCUGGCUGUCCCACUUGCCCGCUGGCAAGGUUGCCGUGGCCAGGAAGGCGUCCCACGCCAAAAUGGCGGUGGACCUGCCCACCGUCCUGGAGCAGAGGCUGGAGGCUGAGGGCAUCGACCUGACCGAGGAGCCCUACUCCGACAAGCAUGGGCGUUGUGGGAUCCCCCAGCCGCUGGUUCAGCGCUACUCAGAGGACCUGGAUCAGCCGGUGAAGGAGGUGGCCUCCAGCCUGGACAUGGUCCGGGUCAAGCAGCUCCGCAAGCAGCACCGCAUGGCCAUACCCUUUGGUGGUUUGACCGAGAUGUGUCGGAAGCCCCUGUCCCCAGGUCACGUCAGCACCGUCUCUGAUUGGCUGGUGUCCAUCGGCCUGCCUAUGUACGCCACGCCCCUGACGGAGGCAGGGUAUGACACCCUGGGGAGCGUGUCGUCCAUGACAGAGAGCAGCGUGUUGGAGGCGGGCGUGCGGGACGAGAGGCACGCCCGCAGGCUGGUGAGCGAGGCCCAGCUGGUGACACCACACAGAGGCCCACAGUCGUAAAAUGGCUCGGCUCCACCACAGGGCAGUUGUACCACAAGCCGUCGGACGGCUGGAGAAGAGAGCACAGUGGUCCACUGUGAACGGACACGAAACCAAAUCCUAAUCCUUAUAGUGCGAGUGACCACAGCACGGCUUGCACGUCUUGUGGAGACGUCUGAUUGGAUGACGGGACAGCCAUUACGCUUGAGAUUUAAGAGAACAAUUUGUCUCUUGUGGCGCCCUCUCUUUAUCUUUCUGGACUGUUCCCGCUCGUUUACUGGCGUUCACCCUGGGAUCUCGCCGACUGCCAAGAACAGAUAUCAGAUGCCUUUGAAAACGGACUCUGACUGUGUCUGCAGGGUUGGGUCUGGUUUCCAUGACAACCGUGUGGUCCAAAAAAACACAUCCUUGAGAGCUGCCGUUAAUGAAAAUAGCACACACGUCUUUUUAAAGUUGGAUUUUUUAUAAUGACUGUUUAUCAAUGCUUUCCUUGUGUUUCAUGUCUGCUUCGUGUCCAUCUUUGAUGUCAGUAAGCAUUGCAGAACAGUGUGAGGAUGAAGUUGGGCCAAAGCAAUUUUGUUUUAAUCUAUGAAUGUCACUGUUAAUCCCAGGCAUAACACGCCACAGCUAAAGCAUUCUUUAAUCAGCUUGGGGCAUUAAUCAAUUAAAUGUACAAGUAACACACAAAACGGGCAAACAAGGCUGUCAAAGGAGAUUUGAAACAACAAUUCCUAAAUCUCUCUCAUAUUAUCAAUAUAAUAUACAGUAUAAUUUAUUCUAAUUUCAAAAAGUGAUUUUAUACUUUCAGAUGUGUACCUGUUAUGUCUUCUUUGUGAAUGUCAAAGCCACAAUGGUAUCCCGGAUGUCUUUGUCAUCGUAACCAUAGAGACAGCUGCCGAUUGGAGCCAAUGUUUGAGAUUAUAUUUUAGAUUUCAAAUCAUAUCUUGGGCGAGCAAAUAUGUUAGUUCCGUCUGUCAAGGUUCAAUUUGCACAUUAAAAUCCGCUUUUUUUUGGUUUUUGCAGAUAUUAUGUCUCUGGGUGUAUCCAAGCUCAUUUUACAUUGCCUUACCUGUGUAAUGUAGGAAUGAACAGAUGAAUAUGUUACCAUGUCCUAUUAGCCCCUUAGUUCAUGCCAUGCUGGGAGGGAGGGAGGGAUACAGCUGUUUGACAGAAGCGAAGGAUCACAUCUGGAGUGUCAUGUCUUAUCUCGUAACAGGAAGUGGGCGGGUGUCAGGGAGGGGAUCGCAGAUCUAGAAGGGAGAGUUUUUGGAGCUUCAACCUCAUUGGUGGUUUAUUUAUGACAUCGGGGUCACCCAGGUUACUGUCGAUUUCAUAGAUCAUUGGUUUAUCUGUCAUUCUGGGAGGGAGACUCCAAACAUCAAACGUAAUUUACUCCCAACUAUGGAAUUUCAAAAUAAAGGUUUGACAGAGUGGCAUAAACUAGAGGGUGCUGUUGCCGUGGUGACUUGGUAGUUGGAAUGCCUUUUCCGUUCAUACAGAGGCUCUGGGUCAUUAGCUGGAAACUUUGAGCAUAAAGGCCCGACAUUGAAUAUGUAUUUUGUAAAGAUUAGAACAAUUACUGUCACUGUAAAUGCACUUUAGAAAGUAAAUCCAGAUGUUUUUAAACUAAAUUAGGUAAAGUCCACAAAUGGAUAUUUGUUUUCAGGUUAUGUAAAGGUUUUGAAUGGAUGAUACUGGUAUUUAGAUAUCUUUUUAUUGAGUUCCCAAUGCCAAGUCAAUGUACAAAUGUAAUUAAUCGAUCAUGAAUUAACUGUUCAAAUUACUGACUUCCAAAAUGUUUUGCAGUCGUACAAAAAACAAAUUCUUAAUUACAUAUAUGAAAUGAUUAACAAAAGUUGCACAUUCUGUAUAUGUAAUUGGUAUUUAAAUAACUUAUUUUUUGCUUUUCAUGUCAAAUGUAAUUAUUAGCUGUACAAAUAGCAAUACCUUACUGCAUAUUGCUUUAGACAGUGACAAACUACAGUAUGGACUGUAAAAUAUAAGUGUAUAAAUGAUUUUAUUUGGUUUCAUCUAGCUAAUGAUUGUCAAUAAAUAUUCGCUUGUGUAUUGAAACAAAAAAAAAUGUCUAUAACGAUUUGUCAUUCUGAAAAUAUAAUAAAAACUUUCUUGCCA